AUGACGUCGAGAAACCCGACGACAUGGGACCAGUACGAGCGCGGGGACUUGUCCCGAACCGGUAGCAGCUCGUCACUGGGGAACCGGAGCGUCCAGGCUGAAAAUGAUGCAUCUCGAUUAGGUCGCAGUCUCGACCUACACCAUCAAGACAGUGCCGAGUGGCCUCGCCUGAGGCGGACGAGAUCCUCUCUCCCUAAUGCCCUCACUGCCCUGACCGACAUUGGCGGCGUCAACAGCAUCCGCUCUUUUACCCGCAGCUGGCGCCGCGCCGCCGGCUUCACCGAGGUCAUCCCACAACGCCCUUCCUUCGUAUUCGCCCCGGAUCAGGCCCCUAUCGGCGGUGGACUAGACGGCCAUGCCACCCCCUAUGACCGGGGCGACCUUGAGGCGGCGCCAUCGUCGGAGCGGGACUCCCUUCUGCGCCAGCAGCUCGAGUCGGGCAUGGCCCCCGCCUCCGGUGAGCAGUCCCCCCGCGGAGAGAGUCCUGACCCGGGCGCCAGUCGCAUGCCUUUCCGCCAGCCAAGUGUCGACUCUCGCGAUCGUGAGCAAAAGGCGCUGGAGCAUCACGAUUGGGCCCAGAUGUUCAGGGUCGGCAGCCACUCGACCACCUCGGCGGGCUCGAUAUUCGCCGUUCCUCCCCACCUCGCCACGCCUCCGCUCGUCGGCAGCUACGGGUCGGCCGUCGUCGACUACGGUACAAUACGUUCCGAUGUCAGCCGGGCCUCCAGGGCCCAAGCGGCAACCCUAUGGCGGCAGCAGCAGGAGGCCGGGGGGAAUGUGCCCGACGGGGAGAUCGCCCCCAUCUUGGUGAAGGAGGUGGAGCAGGACGGCAAGAUCGUCUUGGCCGUCGAGGGGCAGUCGACGCUUCCUCAAACCGUCUUCAAUUCAACAAACGUCCUGAUCGGCGUCGGUCUCCUGAGUCUGCCCAUGGGCAUCAAAUACGCCGGCUGGCUCUGUGGGAUGCUUGCCUUGUUCCUUUGCGCGGCUGUGACUGCGUGGACAGCAAAGCUGCUGGCCAAAUGCAUGGACCUAGACCCGAGCCUCAUCACUUUCUCCGACCUCGCCUUCAUUUCGUUUGGCCGGAACGCGCGGAUAGCUACCAGUAUCCUGUUCACACUCGAGUUGCUGGCAGCUUGCGUCGCCCUCUUUGUUCUCUUUGCCGACUCGUUUGAUCUGCUGUUCCCCGGCGUUUUGUCGGUUAUGGGCUGGAAGAUUCUCUGCGCCAUUAUCUUGAUACCCCUGAACUUUUUCCCGUUGAGGCUGCUAAGCUUCACGAGCGUUAUUGGCAUCUUUUCAUGCCUUAGCAUCGUGCUCAUCCUACUUCUUGACGGCUUCCUGAAGCCCACAUCGCCGGGGUCCCUUCUUGAACCGGCCAAGACAUACCUAUUUCCUGCCAAUUGGCUAACGUUACCGCUAUCUUUUGGGCUUCUCAUGUCCCCAUGGGGUGGCCACGGCGUCUUUCCCAAUAUCUACCGUGAUAUGAGACAUCCAUACAAAUACGCGCAAGCUGUGAAAAUUUCCUUCUCAUUUACCUAUGUCCUUGACGCCGUCACGGCCGUUGCCGGCCUGCUCAUGUUCGGGGAUGAUGUCCGCGACGAGAUUACUUCCAACAUUUUAAUGGAGUCUAGCUACCCGCGCACGCUAACUGUGCUCAUGUGCCUCUGCAUCGGCAUCAUCCCGCUGACCAAGAUACCACUCAAUGCUCGGCCCAUUGUGGCAACGAUCGAGGUGCUGCUGGGUUUGCACCAGCAGACAAUGGCCGGCACCCCUGAACUCGUGGGGAGGACCAUGUCCUUUCGCGGCGCCAUGAAGGUGGCCAUCCGCAUCCUGGUCAUCCUCUGCUUUCUGGCCAUCUCGAUCGUCUUCCCCGCCUUCGACAGCAUCAUGGCAUUCAUGGGGAGCGCCUUGUGCUUUACUAUCUGCGUCACCCUCCCCAUUGCAUUUUACCUCAAGCUCUUUGGCCACGAGAUCCCAGCCAGGGAGAAGCUCUUUGCCGGUUCUGUCAUGGCAGUCUCCUCCGUUUUGUCCGUCAUCGGCACCGUCUGGGCGUUCCUGCCCAAGAGCUUGAUUGGCGCCGAACCUGCAAUGCCUUCAUAG